GCGGGGGAGCGGGCUUUAGGGGCGAGUCGGCGAGCGGCUGGGAGCGGUGAAGGCGGGCGCUCCGGCGGCGGGUGCUGCAGCUGCCGUCCGCUUUUCCCGCGGCGCUGAGGACCGAGCAGGGCCGGCCGCCUCCCGUUCCAUGAGGCCCGAGUGAGCGCGCGGCCCGUGGCGCCACCCCGCGUCCUCCCCCCCGCCCAGCGCAGAGCAGCGCGGCGCCGCGGCUCCGGAGAAGCAGGCGGAGCAUGUCGGACGGUUUCGAUCGGGCCCCAGGUGCUGGUCGGGGCCGCGGCCGGGGCCUGGGCCGCGGAGGGGGCGGGCCUGAGGGCGGCGGUUUCCCGAACGGAGCGGGGCCUGCGGAGCGGACGGGGCACCCGCCGCCGCAGCCCAAAGCCCCGGGCUUCUUGCAGCCGCCGCCGCUGCGCCAGCCCAGGACGGCCCCGCCGCCAGGGGCCCAGUGCGAGCUCCCCGCCGGCCCCCCGCGGCCGCCGCGGCCCGCGCCGCUCCCAGAACAAGAGAGACCCCAGGACAGCAUCUCCCAGCAGAACUCGGAGUCAGCGAUGGCUAAACCCCAGGUGGUGGUGGCUCCUGUAUUAAUGUCCAAGCUGUCUGCGAACGCCCCUGAAUUUUAUCCUUCGGGUUAUUCUAAUUAUACAGAAUCCUAUGAGGACGGCUGUGAGGAUUAUCCCACUCUAUCAGAGUAUGUUCAGGAUUUUUUGAAUCAUCUCACAGAGCAGCCUGGCAGUUUUGAAACUGACAUUGAACAGUUUGCAGAGACCCUCAAUAGCUGGGUUACAACGGACGAUGCUUUGCAAGAACUUGUGGAACUAAUCUACCAACAGGCUACGUCUAUUCCAAAUUUCUCCUACAUGGGAGCUCGCCUCUGCAAUUACCUGUCCCAUCACCUGACAAUUAGCUCACAGAGUGGCAACUUCCGCCAAUUGCUGCUUCGAAGAUGUCGGACUGAAUAUGAACUUAAAGACCAAGCUGCAAAGGGGGAUGAAGCAACUCGAAAACGAUUCCAUGCGUUUGUGCUCUUUCUGGGAGAGCUUUAUCUUAAUCUGGAGAUCAAAGGAACAAAUGGACAGGUUACAAGAGCAGACAUUCUUCAGGUUGGUCUGCGGGAGCUACUGAAUGCCCUCUUUUCUAACCCUCUGGAUGAUAACUUAAUUUGUGCGGUAAAAUUACUGAAGUUGACAGGGUCAGUUUUGGAAGAUGCCUGGAAGGAAAAAGGAAAGAUUGAUAUGGAAGAAAUUAUUCAGAGGAUUGAGAAUGUCGUCCUAGAUGCACACUGCAGCAGAGAUGUAAAACAGAUGCUCUUGAAGCUUGUAGAACUCCGGUCAAGUAACUGGGGUAGAGUCCAUGUAACCUCAACAUACAGAGAAGCAACACCUGAAAAUGACCCUAACUAUUUUAUGAAUGAACCAACAUUUUACACACCUGAUGGUGUUCCUUUCACUGCAGCUGAUCCAGAUUACCAAGAGAAAUAUCAAGAGUUACUUGAAAGAGAAGACUUUUUUCCAGAUUAUGAAGAAAAUGGAACCGAUUUAUCAGGGGCUAGUGAUCCAUACUUGGAUGAUAUUGAUGAUGAGAUGGACCCAGAGAUAGAAGAAGCUUAUGAAAAGUUUUGUUUGGAAUCAGAGUGUAAGCGAAAACAGUAAAGUUAAAUUUCACCAUAUCAGUUUUAUAAAGCAGUUUAGGUUAAGGUGAUUUAGCAGAACACAGGACAGCAAGAAAAUUGUGUCACUUAUACCAAAUUAAGGAUGUUGAGUUAUGUUACUAAUGUAUGCAACUUUAAUUUUGUUUAACACUAUCUGCCAAAAUAAACUUUAUUCCCUAUAACUUAAAAUGUGUAUAUAUAUAAAAUAGUUUAUUAUGUACAGUUAAUUCCACUGUUUUGGCUGCAAUAAAAUCGAUUUUGAAAUAAAUGAAA